CCCCCAGACUGAUUACGCUUGAUCUCAAUUUGAAGGAGCCCAAGCCCUGGAGAAGAUUGGAUGUGUGUGUGAAUCUUCGUCUUCCUCCCGCUGAGCCCCAGGUCUACCUUUUGUAAUGUGAGCAGACUGGGCUGCACAGACAGCUCAGUACUAGUGUUCACCUAGCAUAGAAGGGCCAGGGUUUGGUCCCAGCUCUGCAAGCAAAUGAAAAAAUAUGAUCGUAUCUACCCUGCACAUGUGAGGCCCAUCAAGUGCAGAUCUGAGACCCUGCAUUCAGGAGAAUGCACUUGUCCAAGGUGCCUGAAGCCUUCCUGGAUAAGAAGGCAGGACUCCACCUUUGGCAUAGCUCCCAGCCCUGGCUUAGUUGCUUGGCAACCGCUCUGUGUCUGUGAGUGAGGAUAUACUAUGGCAGCCAAGAGAGUACUGGUGUAUCGCAACGGGGACCCCUUUUUCCCAGGCCGCCAGCUGGUGGUGACCCAACGCCGCUACCCCACCAUGGAGGCUUUCCUCUCUGAGGUGACAUCAGUGGUGCAGGCCCCACUGGCUAUCCGUGCCCUCUACAGACUUUGCGAUGGCCACCCCGUCACUGAGCUGGCUGACUUGCAGAAUGGAGGACAGUACGUGGCUGCUGGCUUUGAAGGAUUCCACAAGCUCCACUCUUUGCCUCCUGGAAGGAAACACCCAGGCGGGAAAAGCGGCCGACAACACGAGCCUCUCAUGUCUCACCCCCCAUGUGACGGGGCCUCUGGACAGUGGCUGCCAGCAGAAACCCCCUGCUAUAUCCUUGUGUUCAGGAAUGGGGACCUGCUAAGUCCCCCCUUUAGUCUGAAGCUGUCCCAGACUGCCGUCCAGGACUGGGAAACGGUACUGAAGCUGCUGACGGAGAAGGCCAGGUUACAGAAUGGGGCUGUGCACCAACUCUGCACCCUCAGGGGGCUCCCACUGUCAGCAGGCACAGCUCUGGUGAGUGGCCGUCACUACGUGGCUGUCGGAGAAGAGGAGUUCAAAGCCCUCCCCUACAUGGAGCUGUUGGUGCCCAGCCCCUCUCUGUCCAAGGGCUGCUGGUAUCCUCCAGGCCGGAAGCAGAAGUCCCACAGGCAGGGGGCCCAGGGCCACCAGGCUCAGGCGGCUCGGCCUUCUCCAGAGGAACCGAGACAAACUGAGCCAUCUGAUUUCUACGCCAGAUCCCAGCAGUCCACUCGGCCAGGAAGUAGGCUCUCUCCCCUCUCACUUCCAUCAGGAGUUAAGGGAGUUUAUGGGGCUUCCUACCCAAGAAAGGAGACAGCCGGGGCUCAGGAAGUGGAUGAAGACGAGAACACCUGCAUAGAGGAGCCUGUGGGUCAGGUGAGCCCAUCAGAUUGGGAAGCCUUACCCUUGAGAUGGCAGAGGUCUGAGCUAAAGUCUGGGCUCCCAGGACACAUCUUCCUGGUGACCGAAAGCCUGCCCUCCUGUUUCCUAAUUACUGAGGCUUUUUCAUUCCCAGUCUCCUUUCCUGGGUUGGGGACUUCUGGCAGUGGAGGCAAGCUGGGCAUCUGUAUGGCUCUGUAUGUCUCCACAUGUCCAGCAGAGGGCAGCAGAGACAGGGGAAAAGGCCUUGUCCCUCAACAUCUGCCUGGCCCGGGAGAGGCAGCCUCAUGUUCAGCCAAGGCGUGUGCCACCAUCUUAAGUGCCAGGAACGCCAGUCAGAGGCUGAGGACAACCAUCCCAAACCACCCCAGCUUUCAGCAGCCUGCUCCCGAGAAGCCGGGCCUCAGUGGGCUCGCAGUAGGUAUGGCCUACUCAGCCCCUCCCCAUUCAUAAGCCCGCAAAUUCUGUGG